GUCGCGUCAGCUGCCGUCGUGUCGGGAUUGGAAUGCGAGCGACCAACAAUCGGAACAACUGAGCGCUCAGUGAUCGGACGCCUCGAUCCAGGAAUCCCGUCGCUUUCUUUCUCUCCACCGAGCGGGCUUCUCCUCACGGAUUCCUCCCGAGCGCGACCUCCGCGCCCGCGUCCCUCCUCCUCCUCCUCCACCACCGGGCAACUCGGCGCGGCUGCGUGGCUCACAACCGGCCGCGGAGGCUUUUUCCCCGUCAACGUGCGCGGAGGUUGUGAGGGAACCAGGGAACAGAGAGGAAUAUGCAGGGAUUCGUCCGGUUACACUUGCGCCGCUGAGCCGCUCCUGCCUUUCGCCUCCGCCCAGCCACGGGACCAUGGAGCGAUAGAAGAGCGGGGGAACCGGACGAAUUCACCCUGAGGAUCCGAGCCCGGCGGCGGCCACGGCUACACAAACCGACGGGGGCUUCUUGAGUACCUUUCCGUCUGGGAGAGCCUCGGGGACCCCGGCCGCUGUUCAUCUCCGAGGAGGAGUUUCCCCGGACAGUUUCCCAUGUGCACACCCGCUCUCCCCUCGCACGCAGGCGGGCUGAAUGAGGCUGAGGACCGAGCCGCUGCUUAUGAUUCUGAUCCGAGCGGGUCCGGGCACCGCCGAGCCGUUUAGGUGCACCCCAGCCCCGCCGCAGGCUCCCAGCGACAUGGUGCAACUCCACCGAAGAGGGAGGAAGGGGCAACACUUUUAAUAAAUCGCCCACAUGCACUGGAUCACUUGCCGGAUUUGGGAACCGAAUACGCAGAAGGGGGGUUGGGGAUCCGUGGAGGCUGCCGGAGGAUGGAGCGGUGCAGCCGGGGUUGGUGAGCGCCUGACUUCGGGCCACUUUACAUUUCUUCUUCCUAAACGACCCGCUCCCAGGACACAUGCAGGCCAAAAAACGCUACCUGAUCCUGCUCUCCGCCGGCGCAUGUCUGGGGCUUCUCUUCUACCUCGGAGGGAUUCAACUUCCAGCGGCGAGCAGGAGCCGGCAUGACCGCAGCCGGAAUGGAUACCGGCCCGACCAGCCCUGGCCCCACUUCUCUGACCCCUUACACCCGUUCCUGCCCUGGGAUCAGCCGGACACCGAGGAGUACAACGUGCACAUAUCUCCCAACCAGAAGAGGGACGUCAACACCAGUGUUUACAAGGGCAAGCGGUGCCGCAUGGACUCCUGCUUCGACUUCUCCCAGUGCCAGAGGAAGGGAUUCAAAGUUUACGUUUACCCGCAGCAGAAGGGCGAGAAGAUCUCCGAGAGUUAUCAGAAUAUUUUAUCUGCUAUCGAGGGCUCGAGGUUCUACACGUCGGACCCCGGCCAGGCGUGUCUGUUCGUCCUGAGCCUGGACACUCUGGACCGGGACCAGCUGUCCCCGCAAUACGUCCACAACCUGAAGACCAAGGUGCAGAACCUGCCCCUGUGGAACGACGGCAGGAACCACCUCAUAUUUAACUUGUACUCGGGGACGUGGCCGGACUACACGGAAGACCUGGGCUUUGACAUCGGCCAGGCCAUGUUGGCCAAGGCCAGCAUCAGCACCGAGAACUUCAGGCGCAACUUCGACGUGUCGAUCCCCCUCUUCUCCAAGGAGCACCCGCGCACCGGCGGGGAGAGGGGCUUCCUCAAGUACAACUCCAUCCCGCCUUUCAGAAAGUACAUGCUGGUGUUCAAGGGGAAGCGCUACCUGACGGGUAUCGGCUCGGACACCAGGAAUGCCUUGUAUCACGUCCACAACGCGGAGGACGUGGUGCUGCUCACCACCUGCAAGCAUGGCAAGGACUGGCAGAAGCACAAGGACGCGCGCUGCGACAGGGACAACGCGGAGUAUGACAAGUACGACUACAAGGAAAUGCUACACAACUCCACCUUCUGUUUGGUUCCCCGUGGCAGACGAUUGGGCUCCUUUCGCUUCCUUGAGGCGCUGCAGGCCGCGUGUGUGCCCGUGAUGCUGAGUAACGGCUGGGAGCUUCCUUUCUCCGAGAUCAUCGACUGGAACACAGCAGCGGUCAUCGGCGACGAGCGGCUCCUGCUGCAGAUUCCGACCACGGUGCGCUCCAUCCACCAGGACAAGAUCCUGUCCCUCAGACAGCAGACGCAGUUCCUGUGGGAGGCCUACUUCUCCUCUGUGGAGAAGAUAGUGCUGACCACGCUGGAGAUCAUCCAGGACCGGGUGCUGGAGCACGGCUCCAGGAGCAGCCUGAUGUGGAACAGUCACCCUGGGGGGCUGUUUGCCCUGCCGCAGUACUCUGGGUACCUGGGAGACUUCCCUUUCUACUACGCCACACUGGGAAUCAAACCGUACCCCAAGUUCACAGCGGUCAUCCACGCCGUCUCCCCACUGGUGUCCCAGUCCCAGCCCAUACUCAAGCUCCUGGCAGCUGUGGCCAAGUCCCAGUAUUGUGCACAGAUCAUCGUCCUGUGGAACUGUGACAAGCCGCUCCCCGCCAAGCAGCGCUGGCCCGCCACCUCAGUGCCCGUCAUCGUCAUCGAGGGCGAGAAUAAGGUGAUGAGCAGCCGCUUCUUGCCCUAUGAGACCAUAGGGACCGACGCAGUCCUCAGCCUGGAUGAAGACACAGUGUUGUCCACCACAGAGGUGGACUUUGCCUUCACUGUGUGGCAGAGCUUCCCCGAGCGGAUCGUGGGUUACCCUGCACGCAGCCACUUCUGGGACGGCAACAAGGAGCGCUGGGGCUACACGUCCAAAUGGACCAACGACUACUCCAUGGUGCUGACCGGGGCGGCCAUCUACCACCGGUAUUAUCACCAUCUGUACACCAGCUACUUGCCCACCAGUCUGAAGAGCAUGGUGGACCAGCUGGCGAACUGUGAGGACAUCCUGAUGAACUUCCUGGUCUCUGCCGUCACCAAGCUGCCGCCCAUCAAGGUCACCCAGAAGAAGCAGUACAAGGAGACCAUGAUGGGACAGUCCUCCAGGGCGUCUCGCUGGGCCGACCCGGACCACUUCGCCCAGCGGCAGACCUGCAUGAACAAGUUCGCCAGCUGGUUUGGCGCCAUGCCGCUGGUCCACUCCCAGAUGAGACUGGACCCCGUCCUGUUCAAGGACCAGGUCUCCAUCCUGCGCAAGAAAUACAGGGACAUCGAGCGGCUCUGACAGGACCGGCGCCCCCUGGGGGGAGACCCCACGCAGGGGGAGGCGCGAGAGACUGACUCGGUGGAGGGUAGAAGCAGUCGGACUCUAGCGGGAUGGGCGGCGAGCGACUCGGCUCUAUCGUCCAAUCAGCACGCUCCCAAUGAGGCCGGGCUCUGACUCGGAAAAGGACGAACAGGAAAACAAGCAGAUGGUGUUUGGGGAUUUGAAAAAAAACAAACAAACAAAACAAAAAACACCCAAACGCAGACUGACAAAGAGGAAGUACACAAAGCGAUGGACAAGCCAAACUGUGCUGUAUGUUUUCACACACACACACACACACACACACACACACACACACACUACUGACGACGACAACCAACUGAAUAGAGUAUUUUUUUUGUACGACAUGAACAAGGGCGACAUUGACUCUCCCGCUCUUUCGGCACAUGUACAGGACGGUAGAAGAGGGAAGGCGUUCACCAUCGCAAAACAACCCCCCCCCUACUGGUCACCCCUAGCCCCCCCUCCCCUGGUCACCUGCAUCAACAUAUAUAAUGGACUCGCUAUCAAUUCCCCUGGUUUCUCGCCUGGGAUACCCUGUUCUUCACUUGAUUUAAUGUCAUUGGUCCCCCCCCCCCCCCUCAGAGGUUUUGAAUCAUCAGUUUAUUCAUUUCGAGGCAGAGAACGUUUCCUCUCUGGUCUUCACAGCCGCUCUCUUCUGAUAUUCUGAUUCUCGGCUGUCGACACACGUCCUCGGGCCUCGAGUCUGAAACACAUCCCGUCUGUCUUAUCUGCAGCUCGGGCCUUGAUCUGAUGAUACGGCUUUUUUAUAAUCCAUCCAUCUGCCGCUCUGCUAUCGCUCAGAUAAGUGGGGGGGGGGGAAACAUCUCGUUUCAUAUCCUCUCGGACUCGUACCCGUGGCACUUGUACUUUUCUUAUCUGUUGUUUUUUUUUGUGUCCGCUUUCAUCAUCUUUUAUUUCCCCCCCCCCCCCCUUCAAACUCUGUAGUUUCAAUCUUCUCUCUGUGCAUACGUAUGUGUGUGAGUGAAUGUGUGUGUGUCUGUGUGCGUGUGUGUUUACACUGAGCCUUGAGAAGUUGACUCAUCCAACCAUAAGCUCCGGCGGAGGGAACAUUUUCCCUGCGUUGGAAUGAGGGAAGUGAGCGUUUCUGGAUGAAAUGGAGCAGAACACCGACCUGCUGCCGGAGAAGCAACAUGUCCGCCCGGCGCCGGCUCCUCAGUGUUUCACCGGAGCAGCGCUGGUAGAGAGAUUCUUAACGCUGAGCGCAUCAGUGCCAUUCUGACGUCCGGGGUCUGCCUUGUAAAAUUGUUUAUUGCACAUCACGUCGCCCACAAUCCGAGGCCUGGGCACUCUCCUGGUUAAACAUUCUAGUCCACCCCCCCGCCUGGUCGUGACAUAUCAGAGCAGCUCGGAGCCAUUAAAUUGACAAAAGGUUUUCUCCUCCAUUUGUCAGACAGAGAUAUGUCCGGGCUUCAAUUAGGUAAAGCUCUUUCAUUUGGAGGGCUGCUCUAUUCCCCGGAGGACGAGCUGUUGAUGAAACACUCUGAACAACACGGAAGCCAUCGUGUUGUGAAAGCAGCGACCCGCGAAUACGACCUCGUGCUUAAUGCUAGCCUCGGGAGGACGGCUUGUUGUUUUUUAAAUUCCCUCCCUCCCUCUCCUCUCCUCCUCCUAAAACACUCUUCAAUUCAUCGGUGCUUUCCUCUUUAUUUAUAAGCGUCGCUUGCAUUUCAUCGUCAAACCGCCCCGGACAUUUCUUGCACCUUAGACGACCUCGGCGAUAUCGGAUCAGAUCAAAAGUCCUCUACGUUUUUUAAUUGAACAUUUUGAAGAGAGAGAGAGAGAGAGAGCGAGAGAGAGAGAGAGAGGCUGCUCCGUGUGGUCACGGCUUCUAGUGGCCUUUUUUCUGUGAGGCCGACAUUCAGCAUCGAACGUCUCAGCCAAAGCUUUUAACCAGCGUGUCCACCGGGGACGCUCGUCCACAUCGUCCACAUCACAGUCACCGAUUCAACAAGAGCGUUUUUUUAUUUUGGAUUUCUUUAUGUCCAAUGUGUCAUCAAGCCUUUGCAGUGUUAACCGAGGUUACGCUUGUUUCUUUUUUUUGUCCAAAUACUGUCACAGGUCCACAUAUCACAUCACAUGUUUGUAUUUACAUGUUUCCUUGUUUUUUUCGUGCCAGCAGAGAUUUAUCAUCUGUUUUUAAGUUUCCGAUCAUCUUCACGAUCCGAUUCGGCAUCUGGUCCCGAUUUCAGCUCCACGGAACCAGAUUGUUUGAAUCCAUAUCGAGCCUUUUUAAUGUCUGAUUGUUGAAUCACUGUUGUUGAUCAUCUCAAAAGAACCACAUCCCCCCAGCUUUGCAAAAUUAAAACACACACACAGAAACGCACACAGACACGCAUACACUAUCCAUUUCAAAUCGCCGCGACUCUCAGCACUGUACAUAGACAUAUUUAUUUUUUGAAAGAAAGAAAAAGAAAAAGACUGUACGAUAUGAGACGCCCGUGGAGAGAACCUACGACUGAUCCUGCAUUGCUGAGGGGAGUUACUGGUAUUUAUUCAUUUUUGUUUGCGUCACGCUGCGCACGUGAAUCCACACAGAUGCCGACACACAACUCAUGCAUUGGUUUUUCCAGGGGGAAACAUAGACAACCCCCCCUCCCGCCCCACACACACACACACACACACACCGAGUCGCAGGAUCGAGGAGUUCUAACUCCCGAAAAGAUUUGCACACGCCAGUGAUCUAGAAUUGGAAUCGGCCCCGAACCAUCUUGGCUCUCCCCGGGAGUCAAAUUGCAAAGUCCCAAUAAAGACUACGCCAACUGAAACAUGGGAAAUAAUAAGCAGCUGGGUCCCCUUCACCAGAUGGAAACAUUUUUAGACUCUGCUCUAACAUCUUCCCCCCCCCCCCCAUGCUUCACAAUAAUGGGUCUGGGGCUGUGACACAGUCGUAUUUAAAUUGCCUCUUUCACAGCUUGAGUCUCAGUUCAGAUAACUUGGCAACAGAGACUGUCCCAUCUUUUCCGGUGGUGUGCUGCACAGAGCAUCACCAAGUAGAGGGAGUUGGCUGCGGAGGGGGGGGGGGGUUAUUGUUCUCCAGCGCCGACGCAGGUUCAACCCCCCCAAAAAAAACGUCCCUCGCUGUCGUGUGUGUGUUUCCAGUGACGGCUGCAUCUGCUCUGGAAACCAGCGAGUUCUUGAUUUGUGCCUUUUUCAAUCAACAUUUGAGUUCUGGACGUUGCAGGGGUCCCCGGGGCGGCCCCGCCUUCAUACACUGGAUGAGACUCGGCUUCCAUUCUCUGAUUAUAGACACCCCCCCCCCCCUCCCUUUUCAUCUCUGUGUUUUGGACACUGUUGCAGAGGCGACCACGCAUGACCACUUCCCACUGGGGAUUAUUUAUCAGUGAUUGGCUGCGUCACGUCAGCAGUAAUAUCUGUUGACCUGCGCGGACUGUCCCGAUGCCUUCUCCUCCCUCCUACCUUGUAAUUAACAGAAGACUUUUAUAGAGGUCACAAAUGAAAUAGAUAAAAUGCCAAUUUUGUAAGAAUGAUUUAUAAAAAAAUAAACUCAUAUUUGAUGAUAA